UCUCCAAAAGAUUAGGAGCUCAACCUUACACCACAGAAUGUGUGACAGCAUCUCAAACUUCAUUCCUGGAAAACUAGCAUGCCAUGGACAUCAUCAAGUCACGUCGAGCAAAACCGUUCAUGGCGCGGAUUUGGCCAAGCAUUGGAAGAAUUGCAAUGUCUGUGUUGAGGAAAACCAACUUUGCAAGUGUGAUCAAGAAACUGAUACAAAUAACAGUGAGGCUAAUAGUUCUUUCGGCCAUGCUGUCAUCAACAUGAUUGGGAUGCUCAUAGGUCUUGGACAACUAUCAACUCCAUAUGCACUUGAAAAUGGAGGAUGGACAUCUGCAUUCUUGCUUAUAGGACUUGGAGUUAUAUGUGCAUACACUUCACAUCUACUUGGAAUAUGUCUUGAAAAGAAUCCCAAGUCAAGAAGCUACACUGACAUCGGUCACAACGCGUUCGGAAAAAGAGGAAGAGCCAUAGCUGCAACCUUCAUUUACUUGGAAAUAUUCAUGGCACUUGUGUCCUACACUAUUUGUCUUCAUGACAACCUUGUCACAGUGUUCUUAGGGAAACAAAUUAAGGUUCCAUUUUGGGUUAAGUUGUCUUCUUCUCAGCUGCUAACUGUGAUUGCAAUUCUUGUAGCACUCCCUAGUCUGUGGCUCAGAGACCUCUCUUCCAUAUCUUUUCUUUCUUCAGGAGGAGUUUUUAUGUCACUUGUAAUUGUGUCUUCUGUGUUUUACACUGCCAUCUUUGGAGGGAUUAGACCAAAUAAAGAGAUACCAGUUUUGCAACUUCACAAAAUUCCUGCCAUAUCUGGACUUUACAUAUUCAGUUUUGCUGGUCAUGUAGUUUUCCCCAACUUACAUAAGGCGAUGAAAGAUCCGUCCAAGUUUACCAAGGUAUCAAUAGUGAGUUUCACAUCGGUUACUAUACUUUAUACAGCACUAGCAUUCAUGGGUGCGAAACUAUUUGGGCCUCAAGUGAAUUCGCAAAUCACUCUCAGCAUGCCUAGACAUCUAAUUGUGACCAAGAUUGCACUGUGGGCUACUGUGUUGACACCCAUGACCAAAUAUGCUCUUGAAUUUGCACCUUUUGCAAUUCAGCUUGAAAAUCAAUACCUCCCACGUACCAUGAGUUCUAAGAAGAAGAUGAUCAUUAGAGGCAGUGUGGGUUCAUUUCUGCUACUGGUGAUACUAGUCCUAGCUCUCUCUGUGCCUUAUUUUGAGCACGUCCUUAGCCUUACUGGUUCCCUGGUUAGUGUGUGUAUAUGCAUAAUACUACCUUGUGUCUUCUACAUCAAGAUUACUUGGGCUCAAAUAUCUAAACCUAUCUUGGGUUUUAAUGUGGGCAUAAUUGGAUUUGGGCUUGUGGCUGGGGUAUUUGGGACCAUUUCCUCUUCCAAGUCCCUAAUAAGGAACCUACACCAAGCCCAUUCAUAACUCCAUAUUUACUCAAAAUCUUAUAUAGUUUGGGACAAGACUGGGAUGAUGAUAAUGAUGUCUUGUGUGUUUUUGUUUUCUACAUUACUGGGGCUUCGGA